AUGGACCGUGGUGGCGAUUCUACUCAAGGGUACAAAACAGCAGAAGAGGUCGCGAAUGAGGUUGGGAAACUGCUUGGAAAUGACAAGUAUUCAGAAUUCAUUGUUAACCAAGGUCUGGAUGGGGUGGCGUUUUCAGAGCUCGAGGAAGAGCAUCUGAAGCUAUUCAGGACCGCAACAGAUGAAGCUCCAAACCUUGGGGAGCUGCUAAAAUUGAAAGCAGCUGCAAGGAAAGUAAGGAACCAAUUGCAACCUAACCAGGAAACACCAGCUGCACCGGAGGGAUCAGGAGUACAAGCUGGUGGCCUCUCUGCCAAUGGCACGCAAGACAGCACGAGAAAGCAAGAAGCUCAAGAGGGCAGAAAAGGUUCAGGUCGAAGCUCAUUUGAGCGAAGCUCCCAAGGGCCGACUGCAUCCAGUUCUCUUUUUGGAAAGCGAACCAGAGGGAGCGAAACGAAGCAAGCUGCAGCUGACGAUGACGAUUACACUGAUUCGGAUAUAUUCAGAAAGGCAAAGAAAUCAAGAUACCUGAUUGAUUCCUGUGGUGCUCGGUUCGUUCUAAAUCUGCAGCACUGCUAUGCCAUCUUGAAGAAGAACGUUGAUGAAGCAGCGGGAAAGAUGAAGAAAGAACGGCUACAGAAUCUGGAUUGUCAGAAGAACCCCAAGGAUUGUGAGCUGUUGGACGGGAUUGAAAAGAAAACGCUGCUGGAAUUCCAGGAAAAGUUCAAUGGACGGCUGGUCACCAGGGGCGGUCGGGAGGUUGCAUGGCCUACAUCUGCUCUUCGCCAUGUCGCAUGCACAAUGUUCGAAACGCACAAGGACCGUGUCAUCCCUGAACGGCAGGCCAAGAAGAAGGAGUGCAGCAAGAGAGCUGCCUCUAAGCGAAAGCAAAAUAUGCUGGAUGCUGCCGGGUCAACAUCGUCGUCCCCCCCCCGACAAGCUCCAAAAGAGGGUCAGCGGAUUCUACUCUUUGGUUUCAAGCACGAGGAAGACACGGACUUUCCCAUCCCUGUGAAACUUGGAAGUGGGGUCGUAGCAGCGCCUGGUCAAGCUACUGAGGCAGGAAACUUUGCAGUGAAGAUCGAUGGGAUCGAGGAUGAUCUAGACACAACCGGCGUUUUCUUGAAAGAGAAUAUGCCGCUCAAUACAGUCGACGAUGACUUCAAAGAGGCAAAAGGUAACGAAGGAGAAGAGACAGCUCGGAGAGAGGCCAGUAACUCUGAAGAGGGACCGUCAGACAACCAGAAAGAAGCAUCAGCGCUCCCAACUUCAAACACUUCCAAGAGAGAACCCAACGGUCAGAACGCAUCCGCACCAAUCCAGGUCGGUGCUCAGACAGCAGAGCCGCUAGCUUCAACACCGGCUGAGGAACAAGCCCCCGCCGCGCUGUCCCAACGUCUCGAACCCUCAGAUCCGCUGCCUUCCCCCCCUCCCCCGCCUCCGCCCCCGCCCUCUGACGAAAAUUUAGCAAAGAAGAGACCGAAACGAAAUAUCGUCAUGCCCAAAAAAUACACGGAACACGCGGGAGACUGUCAAAAUCCAAACAUCUGCGAUGGUGCUUGCAUCCGGUCCAAGAAAGAGCCUCUUCCCGAAUCCCCUCAACGCAGUUAUGAAGGUUCAGAAUCAAGUCAGGAGUCAGACGGUAAAGGGGACGGCAUGGACGACGACGAAUCGGAAAGCGACUGUGAGAUCGAAGAGGAGUUGAAAACGGAGAUUACCGCUGUCGAAAAAGGAAAUUUCGGUCUCGUGGCUCGUCUCUGCUUGGGCUUGUCGUCUGCCAAUUAG